AUGCAGACGCACAGCCUCGGUGAGAUCCAUAGAUCAGAGGCACUGUCAGCACUUGAUUGGCUGGUCCUGUGGUCCAGCACUCUGCAUGUGUCCCUGCCCGAGAAGUUCUUUCAGGCCAUGCAGAUUCCCCCUUAUCUUCUUAGCAGUAGCUUUUUUGUCUUCAAGAAGCCGUUGAAGCCAAGUUCCCUGAUCCUCUCCUCCCCCAGCAGCGUCACCACUGUCCUGCAGUUCCUGACGGCGUCAGAGGGCAGCGACUACAGUGAUGCUGAGGUUCUACCGGACUCUUAUCCAUCAGCACCAGCAGAACCUCUCCCCGAAUUCCUACUUGAACCAGAGGAUGCUUUCAUUGUGAAGAACCGUCCAGUUCAGCUGCGGUGCCGGGCGUCACCAGCCACACAGAUCUACUUCAAGUGCAACGGGGAGUGGGUCAAUCAAAAUGAUCAUGUCACCAGAGAGAGCUUGGACCAGGGCACAGGCAUGGUAGUGAGGGAGGUGGACAUCUCAGUGUCGAGGACCCAAGUCGAGGAACUCUUUGGGUUGGAGGACUACUGGUGUCAGUGUGUGGCCUGGAGUUCAGCCGGCACCACCAAGAGCAACCGCGCCUAUGUCCGCAUUGCAUACUUGAGGAAAAACUUUGAGCAGGAACCAUUGGGGAGGGAGGUGCGACUUGAGCAGGAAGUCUUGUUGCAGUGUCGCCCCCCAGAGGGCAUGCCCGCUGCUGAGGUGGACUGGCUGAAGAACGAAGAUGUCAUUGUCACUUCGCAGGACUCCAACUUUCUGAUCACCAUCGAUCACAAUUUAAUAAUAAAACAGGCCAGACUCUCAGACACAGCCAACUAUACCUGCUUGGCUCGUAAUGUGGUGGCCAAAAGACGAAGCAGCACAGCAACUCUUAUUGUUUACGUGAGCGGCGGAUGGUCCUCAUGGACAGAAUGGUCCGAGUGUAACACCAAAUGUGGGCGGGGCUGGCAGCGACGAACACGAAGCUGCACCAACCCUGCUCCUCUCAAUGGAGGAGCCUUCUGUGAAGGCCCACCCUUCCAGAGAGUGACUUGCACCACACUUUGCCCAGUGGAUGGAGGCUGGACAGAAUGGGCAAAGUGGUCUGCUUGUAGCACUGAUUGCACCCAUUGGAGAAGCCGAGAAUGCCAAGCCCCUCCACCUAAGAACGGAGGCAAGCACUGCAGCGGGAGCAUGAUGGAGAAUAAAAACUGUACCGAGGGGCUCUGCGCGCGCAAUAAAAAGGUUUCUAUUGAACAUGCAAGUCAUCCGUUGGCUCCAGAGAUGGGUGUAGCAUUCUACGCCGGUCUAGUGGGGGCACUGCUACUCUGCGUGAUUCUGGUGCUGUGCGUGGGCGUUCUGGCCUACCGCCGCGGAUGCGGCCAUCUCCACGGAGACAUCACCGACUCUUCUUCUGCUCUCACUGCUGCCUUUCACCCUGGCAACUACAAACCUCCCAGACAAGAUAACCUCCACCCUCAGCAUCCAUCGGCACCUCCCGACCUGACGGCCAAUGCAGGGGCGUUCCGCGGUCCAUUGUUCUCUUUGCAGCAGAGCGUUAACGAAAGCCACCACAAAAUCCCCAUGACCACUUCGCCUCUGUUGGACCCCUUGCCCAGUCUCAAAAUCAAGGUGUAUAACUCCUCCACUCUUUCCUCGCUGGAGAUCCCUGCUGAUAUGUGCUCAGCUGAUGGCGAGAUCCUCAGCCUUAAGUCUGUGGGCACUGGAGGGAGGGAGCGACAGUUCCAUAGUCAUACGUUGUCCAGAGAGCCUGGGUUGAGCACCAGCGCCACCCUGGGUCAUCUAGGGGGCCGUCUCACCAUCCCCAACACAGGUGUGAGUCUGCUGGUUCCGCCCGGAACCAUCCCCCAGGGAAAGUUCUACGAGAUGUACCUCAUUAUCAGCAAAUGGGACAAAACGACGUUGCCCUCUGAGGGCAGUCAGACUGUGCUAAGCCCCGCAGUGAGCUGUGGUCCAUCUGCUUUGCUGCUCAAUCGUCCUGUUGUCCUCACCUUGCCCCACUGUGCCCAGCUAGACACGCCAACACCUGACUGGACACUCACACUCAAGACACAGACUCACCAGGGAGCAUGGGAGGAGGUGCUGACAGUGGGAGAGGAAAGUUUGUCUUCUCCGUGCUAUCUGCAGUUGGAGGAGGAGUGUUGUCACGUUCUCAUGGAGCAGCUGGGCACGUAUGGCCUGGUGGGUCAGUCGUGCCCUCCGCAACCGGCCUGCAAGCGCCUUCAGUUGGCUCUGUUUGCACCCAGAGCACCCUGCCUCUCCCUGGACUACAGCCUCCGCGUUUACUGCAUCCACGACACGCCUCACGCACUCAAGGAGGUGCUGGAUCUGGAGCGAAGUCUAGGUGGAGUCUUACUGGAGGACCCCAAACCACUGCUGUUUAAAGACAGCUACCACAACCUGCGUCUGUCCAUUCACGAAAUCCCUCACACUUACUGGAGAAGCAAACUACUUGCUAAAUACCAGGAGAUCCCAUUUUAUCACAUUUGGAGUGGCAGUCAGAGACCUCUGCAUUGCACUUUCAGCCUGGAAAGAAGCAGCCUGGCAGUGUCACAGCUGUCUUGUAAAAUCUGUGUGCGACAAGUGGAGGGGGAGGGACAAAUCUUUCAGCUGCACACCGACAUCCAGGAGACGCUCCCCCCUCACUCGCCACUCCCUUCAGCAGGCUCCUGUCUGCCUUCUUCUCAAGUAGGACCGUAUGCCUUCCGCCUGCCUUGCUCCAUCCGCCAGAAGAUCUGCGCCAGUCUGGACGCGCCGAGUGCCCGAGGGUGUGACUGGAGACUACUGGCGCACAGUUUAGGCUUUGACAGGUACUUGAACUACUUUGCAACAAAGCCCAGCCCCACAGGAGUUCUGCUGGACUUAUGGGAAGCUUGUCACCAGGGUGACACAGACCUGGUCUCUCUGGCGACGGCGCUGGAAGAGAUGGGCAAGAGUGAGGUGCUGGUUGUCAUGACGACAGAUGGGGAUUGUUGA